AGAUCCUCAGCUGUUCGCAUGCUGACAUCUAAGCCGUAUCAACAUGGCUACUCUCGGACGAUUGAGUAGACGAUUUCAACAAAUAUCUAUAAAAUUUUCAGGUGUUACUAAAUCGUAUAGUACUAUCAACCGGCCGGGAACAUUUAACAUACUUGCAGGAACGAUAGCAUGUGCAGUAGGAGGCGGAUUAGUGCUUUACGUGGCCCACAGACUUGGAAAGAUCAGUGCCGUACAUGCGUUUAAACCCAAAAAGAGAGAAGAGGAGCCCCUGGUGCGCGCCGUGAAGCCUACGUCCCGCGAGCGGCGCUUCAUCAAGUUCGCUUCAGCCGAGUAUAAUGGACAACUGUACAUGACGCCGCAGGACUUCCUCGAGUCUGUCGUCGAACAAGAGCCUCGCCCACGACUUAAACGAAGAAUCCUGACUGAUAAAGACCUGGAGAACAUUCGAGAUAAGACUCCUGCCCUUCGCCAAGGUUCUUCUCAGAUGUUUCGGACAUUGCGUGACAAAGGAAUAAUAUCCUACACGGAGUAUCUGUUUCUGCUGUCAAUACUUACAAAACCUCAAACUGGAUUUCGUAUUGCAUUCAACAUGUUUGAUACUGAUGGUAAUGAGCGUGUUGAUAAGACUGAAUUUCUUGUGAUCCAGCGUAUUAUGGCAAAGAACAUGAAGGAGCAGUAUGAAAAUGAUGCCAGUCUACAGACUUUAAUGAAGCUGGUGGCUGGACCAAUGGCAGUUCGUGAAAUUAAGAAAGAGAUACAGUCAACAGUGCAAACACAAAACACACCUACACAAAAUCAGACAAUCAUGGAGAAGAUAUUUAGCCAUGCAUGGAAGGGCAAACGGGGAAUUGCAGAUGUUAAGGAAGAUCCAAAGCCUCACCCUAUACAUGAGGAUUAUGUGGAUGAUGAACAAGGUUUGCAGCGAAGACAUCUAGUGGAUACAACACUCAUUAUCCACUUCUUUGGAAAGAAGGGAAAGGAUGAAUUGAGAUACGAGGGCUUCAAAAAGUUCAUGGAAAAUCUUCAAAAGGAAGUUCUGGAGCUUGAGUUCCAUGAAUUUUCAAAAGGACAUGACACAAUUACUGAAGUAGAUUUUGCAAAAAUACUUUUGCGCUACACUUAUUUGGAUACAGAUGAAUAUGACAUGUACUUGGAUCGUCUGCUCACCAGAAUCAAAGAGGAGAAGGGUAUCACAUUUGAAGAAUUCCACGCAUUUUGUCAGUUUCUAAACAAUUUAGAAGAUUUCACGAUAGCAAUGCGAAUGUAUACAUUGGCUGAUCAUCCAAUUUCAAAAGAUGAAUUCCACAGGGCAGUGAAAAUAUGCACUGGAACAAAUUUGAGUCGGCAUCUAGUUCAUAUAGUAUUUCAGAUAUUUGAUGAAGAUGGUGAUGGACAACUGAGUUACCGGGAAUUUAUUGCUAUAAUGAAGGAUCGUCUUCAUAGAGGUUUCAAGUCAUAUGCAAAGAAUGAAGGCUGGGAGGCAUUCAAAAACUGUGUGAAGAAUGAAAUGAAAGCCCCUGUUUAAUCGUUUCAUCUCAAAAUCUACAUUAAUGGCAGCUAAAGUGACUACUCCUUUCUGAAACUUCCAUACCUUGUGAACAACAGAACUGUGAAUCCUUUUGUAAAUAUAUUUAUUUCUCCCUGUAUUUUAUAUUGCUGAAUAAAUGAUGAGAAACACAA